GGGCGCGGGGGCGCCGCGGCUCAGGGACCCCCAGGGGACCGUCACCGGGGCGGGGGACAGGUACCGGCUGCGGACGGAGAGCGCGGGGACGGUGCGGCUGGAGCUGGGCGUGGUGACACGGAACAUGGCGCGUUGGUCCCGCUCCCUCCCAGUUGGUCCCGCUCCGCUCCGGCCCGGGAUGCCGCGCCCCGCGCCGCUCUGCCCCGCGCUGCUGCUGGCCGCGCUGUGCCCCGCGCUCGCCCUGCACUCGUGCCGCACGCUGGACCUGGAGGCGGCGCGGCUGAAGCGCAUCGAGGCCGUGCGGGGGCAGAUCCUGAGCAAGCUGCGGCUGGGGGCGUGUCCCCGGUGCCAGCGGUGUCCCCGCAGUGUCCCCGGUGCCAGCAGUGUCCCGGUGACAGCAGUGUCCCCGUGUCCCGCAGGUGACGCGCAGCGCUGGCGCCCCACCGCCCGCAGCCUGUUCUUCGUGUUCAACGCGACGCGGCUGCGGGCGGGGCUGGGCCGGGCCGAGCUGAGCCGGGCCGAGCUGCGCAUGCUGCGGCAGGGGACAGCAACGGGGACAGCGGGGACAGCAACGGGGACAGCGGGGACAGCAUGUCCCCUGUGCUGUCCCCAGGGUUUCGGGAACUCCUCCUGGCGCUAUCUCCAGGGUCGCUCUGUCCGUGUCACCGCUGAGGACGAGUGGCUCUGGUUCGAUGUCACCGACAGUGUCCAGCAGUGGCUGCGCGGCUCCGGUGAGGGACAGGCCCCAAACCCCCAAAAUCACCAAAAUCCACAAAUCGUGCUGGCGCUGUAA